AUGUUGCAACAGUUGGAUACCCGUGGGAUCUAUCCAAUUAACCCCCCAGAUCUCAAGAUAAAAGAGGAGACUAGUCCGACGCUCUUGGUGAGCUGGUGGGCAACACUCUUUUCCCUGACUAUUAUUUUGACUCGAGUAUGUGGUCGCUAUAUCCGGAUCGGACGUUUCUUCCCCGAGGACAAGGUGAUGAUGGCAAGUGUGAUUCCGCUGAUGAUUCGCAUGGCCUUCGUCCAUGUCGUUCUGAUAUACGGCACGAACAAUGUGAAAACGGCUGGCUUGACGGCAAAGGAUAUUCGGCAAAGAGAGAUCGGCAGUAAACUUGUUCUUGUUUCUCGGAUCUUCUAUGCAAUUUUCAUCUGGACCGUCAAUCUCACUGUGGCGCUAUUCCUCAAACGAGUUACUGGAAUGAUCUGGAGACGCUGCCUGGAGAGGCUUUUGCAGUUUCUCUACUUCUUCCUUGCUUCGACAUUAAUCGCAGUGGUCAUUGCCACUCUGGCUGAAUGCCAGCCCUUCGACCAUUACUGGCAAGUCGUUCCUGACCCGGGUGCACAAUGCCGGUCAGGCUACGCGAACUUGAUCACCAUGGGCACAUGCGACGUCGUCACAGACAUACUUCUCGUCGCCUUUCCGAUUCCGAUCAUCCUGACGCACAUGUCCGUGCAACGGAAGGCCUCACUCGUGGCCCUUUUCGCACUGUCACUCAUCCCGAUCGGAUUCACCUGCUACCGGGUUCCAAUGGUUAUCUUCCACAGCGGCUCUCAGCAGUAUCGAUCGCUUCUUGCGUCGCUGGAAAUUCUCAUCGUCACAGUUGUCUCAAACGCUCUGAUCAUCAACUCAUUUGUACGCGAUAAAGGCGUGAAGAAGCCCAAGUUCCAAAAGGCAGUGGGAUCCGCGUCCGUCAGCGAAAGCGUAGAAUACACAUUCAACCAGCACAACGCCGUUACCCAUCAUCAGUGGGGAAGUGACUCAGCUCUCGCCGGUGAAAUGGGCAUGCGUCUCGAUCCCAAUCUCUGUUCCAAUAACGAGCUAUUAUCCCGUCCGGCCAUUGUCACCCCUCUAUCUCCGCAUACCUUCACCACCCGAACAGGCAAGCUGGUCUCAAACUCGCCCUUCAACAGUAACCAUAAUUCGACAGGGACGGAUGAUAUCUCCAUGAUAUCUCCACGGGAAGCUUAG